AUGGCAACCCUUAACACCACUCAGUGGAAUGAGACUACGUCCAUUUCCCAGUAUCUGGGCUUUCAAGUGCAAAAAAUUUACCCUUUCCAUGAUAACUGGAACACUGCCUGCUUUAUUAUCCUGAUCAUAUUCAUCUUUACUGUAGUUUCUCUGGUGGUGUUGGCUUUCCUCUAUGAACUGCUGGACUGUUGCUGCUGUGUGAAAAAUAAAACUGUGAAAGACUUGGAGAAUGAACCCAAUCCUGUUAGAGCAAUGUUGAACAGCUUCAGAAAGCAUGAAACAGAGGUGGUAUAGGAAGGACUGAGCAUC